GAGCCUAGUAAACUAAUCUCCACCCUCUUUAUAAUUUCGGCGAGGCCCAAGCCCAUGUUGAAUCCCGCGAAGUCCAGCCCAGUUUCUGCAUUCAGCUCCCGGAUUCCAGAAAUUCCUACCUUCACUUGCCGGCGGCGGGUUGGGGAGUCGGUGCCGCGUUUUUAUCUGGAGCUGCAAGAUCAAUACAUCAAUGGCGUCGGAAGCCUACGCAUCGAGAAGCACUGAUGAAGUCCACACGGACGUCCUCUUUCAAGCCAGACAAGCGUGCUACAAGGCUCGCGAUGCUUUCUACGAUUGUUUGCAGAAGCAAUCGGACAAGAAACCGACGGAACUCGGCUGCGUCGGGCUCCUAUAUCCGGCCGAGUGCAAGAAAUCGAGGCUUGCGUACGAGAACAGCUGCCGGCCUUCUUGGGUGAAGCAUUUCGAUCGGCUGUAUUGUAAGGAGAAGAGGGUGCAGAGGCUAUUGGAUGACAAGGAAACCAGGGGAGGUCCGUUGGUACUUCCACAGAAAGGUUAAUGAGGGUAUAGAGCUUGGUUCAGGAUCAUCGCUAUGGUCAAGGUUUGGUAUUCAGGUUGAGUUCUGGGCCAAUUAAAGGAGUUCACUGCUUGCUCGCUCGCUCGCUUUGUGAUUGUGAUCUGAUUAUAUUAACCGUCUCACUCAAACUUAGAACAAUGCACUAUUGUUCUUGUGGUGAUGUAGUGGAACUAAAAACUGAAGCAUGUAGCUGUCGACUGUUGUUCUUAAUCGAUUUACUGUCUAUAGUCUGUGGUUCACACUUGUUUCUGGUCUAAUUACUUCUCAAUGCUUACUAGAGUAGUCUUUACAAAC